AUGUCUAGGGAGGAAGGGGAUGUACAACUCAACGGGACGGACGCGCGCGUGUGCUCGCAGGCGGACAUCUUGCCCGAGGCGGCGCCCUGCUACGACUCGGAGGAUGAGACGAUGGGCCGGCGACGCCACCUGCUGCAGCGCAACAAGCGAGGCACGCCGCUCUACUCCAAGGAGGACAUCCGCGAGCAGUACUGCAUCACCAGCAAGCAGCUAGAUGUGCUGGAGAAGGCGCGCGGACAGGGCGGCGGCCUCUUCGGCUGCCUCUCCGCCUACCACGACAGCUCCUGCCGGUCGCGCAACUCGCUGCUGUCGGUGUGCGUGCGGCGCAAGGCGCCCAGCGACGAGAACCUGCACGAGCUGUGCCGCCGCCCCGCCGCCUCGUACGCGCCCAUCCCGCGCUGGCCGCGCUACCUGCUGCCGCCCCAGGCCUGCGCCUACCCGCCGCAGCCGCCGCCCGACGAGCUCGAGUGCGCCUACUUCCGCCGCCGCCCCACCUCCUUCUGCAACACCGUCGACCCCAAGCGCUACACCUGGCUGCCCGAAGACGAGGAGUGCACCCGGAUGGAGCGGCCGCGGCCGAUACGGCCCGAGCUGGACGACCUCCACGCCGCCGCCGGGGGCGGCUACGACGUCGCGACGCCCCUGAUGGGCCACCGGCCCUGCCCGGCGACAGCGCACCACCUGCCGCCCUACAUGAGCUACAGCUCCGAGUACCUGGGCCCGCCCUGCCCUCAGCAGCAGCCGGACACGCAGCCGCCCCCGCCGCCUCGCGCCAAGCACGUCAGCUUCGCGCGCUCCUACACGCUCACCUCGUUCGACGACGCCGUCGUGAGAGCAGGCAAGGCGGUGCUGGCGAGGAGUCAGGAGCGGCUGAUAGACGGCAAGAAGCUGCCCUCGGAGGCGCCCGGGCUGUCCGGCGCCGACCGGAGACCCUUGCUGGGGGCGGAGUCCCCCAAAGUCGUCGUCAUGGAGAAGCUGAAGCGGGCUCCCAUGAAGACGCAGGCCACCCAGACGGAAGUGUGCUUGGGCCGUAAGCCUCUGGCUCCGAACUACCUGUCGCUCAGCCCUCGCACCAUUCACAGGGUGCGCAUGGUGUCGCAAGGCGCCCAGACGAACGGCAACGACCGCGGCGGCGGCGGCGGCUCGCGACGCCUCACCAAGAGCUACUCGGAGGCGGGCGGGCAGUUCGUGGGGGCCGCGGCGGCGGCGGCGGCGCAGGGCGCCUCGCCGUACGACCACCACCACCACGUCCACCGGGGCGGGGAACCGCACGACGACCACGAGCCCUUGCACCGCACGCAGUCCGAGGAGCCCCCUCGCUCGCCCUUCCUCGUCACCACGCCCCCGGAGAGCCUGGCCGGACACCCGGCGCCCGCGGCGACCCCCGCGUCCUCCGCGGACACGCUGUCGGCGGCUCAGCAGUCGGAGUCCGCCUCCAAGCCCGGCAGGAGCAGGACCUACAAGGAGAUCUUCAUCGACUUCGAGCCGCAGGCGCCGGAGCGACGCAGCAAGAAGCGCACCUUGCAGAAGACGCUCUCGGAGGGCGAGAUCCUGGUGGACAGGCGCCGCGCGCAGGCGCUGCUCAAGGCCGACGGCGAGACGGGAGACGCGGUGCUGGCGGCGUCGACCAGUCAGGAGGCCGUCGCGGACGACUACCAGUGCUACCACGCGCAGGACGACGUGUUCCUGGAGCCGCUGGAGAAGCGCUCCGCAUCGCUGUUCUCGUCGACCCCCGCCGACCUGGCUGCGGCGUCUUCCGCGUCCAACCCCCAGCUCGAGGACCUGCAGGAGGACGAGUUCCACGAGAACCUCAUCUACGGCGGGCUGUUCCGCAAGCGGAGCGUCUCGCUGGAGGACGCCGUGUCCUCGACGGCCAGCGACGCCGACGCGCCGGUGUACCAGCGGCGGGCGAGCCAGGACGACGAGGACGAAGACGAGGAGAUGCUGGAGACGGCGUCCGUGCUCUCGUCCUCGCCGCAGCGAGAAGUGCCCGGGGAGCUGCUGCUGCCGGAGGGGGAAGACGAGCAGAAGAGACCGCCCGCGGUCAGGUCCGGGACCGGGGAGAUGCGCAGGGACGCGAACAACGGACCCCACGAGCGGACGACGACGAGGAGGCAGGAGGAGGACGCCGGCGGUCUGACGCCCAUGGCGACGCUGCUGCUGACCAAGCGGUCGUCGCCGUUCGCUUCCAGCGACUCGCUGGCGAACGACCUCAAGGACCACAGCGACAGCAUCUGGAACGAGUCCCAGGCCACUGUCCUCCAGGCAGACCUGGAGAGUGGUGCGGGGUUGAGCUGCCCGGACCUGAGCGCUCUGGUGGCGUCGUCGGGCGCUGCCAUGUUGUCUCUGACGCCGUCGUCGCGGCGCAAGCAGCUGCUGCUUCUGCAGCACCAGCAGCGCAGCUCCAUGGACACGGAGGCCCUUGAGGAGGAGCUGGACUCCUCCCAAGUUCCACAAGGACCACCUUCUCCUAGGAUGCGAACAAACGGCUCGCAACAUCCAAGACCGACGCUGUCUCUGACGACACCUAGCCAAGAUGAACCUAUGGACCAAGAUGAAGCAAUAGUUCCUAGUAAAAAGCCUCAUCUUCCAGAAAAGAAAGAAGAAAGCAGAAGCCGAAUUCGAGACGUGGUUUUGUCACCUGUUCAUUCUCACCGAACGCUGAGGAGAAGGCGCAGUCCGGUCGCACCACGUUCACCCGAAUCCUCGACGGAGCAACAGUCGCUCGAAUCUGUGGACAGUCUGUCGCGGAGCGCUGGCAGCUCCACGGCGGACCUGCUGCUGGGCCGCGCCGACUCGGGCAAGGCCGGCACGGACAUGUCGGAGGCGUCCACGACGGAGGACUACGUGACGGCCAACGACAACAACUCGGGCACGGACACGAGCUCCCGCCGGAGCGGGUCGUCGUGCCAGCUGCCCAAGGACCGGGGGGCGGCGGCCGGCGCGCGGGCGCACAAGUUCCCCGGCGGCGGCGGCGGCGGCAGCACCGGCAGCAUCGGCGCCGGCGAGGGCAGCUCGUUCGAGAGCGCGUCGUCCAUCUACAGCCUGGCGCGCGGCGAGCUCAACAGCGACGAACUCGCUCAGGCCGCUUUCUGUACAAGAGUCUAG